CACAUGCCACCAGCCAGCUAACUAGCCAUAGUAGCGCUCGCCCAGCUUGCUAUCAGUUCAGUUGCGGUUGAGGUGUCGUACGCGUUGGGCGCACCGAAAACAAAACAAAACAAAAAAAAACAUUUGCACUGCAGUAAGCUUUGAGAAAAUUUCCAACGGCAUUUCGCUUUUGUUUUAAAAUGCGCUUGUAAGCAGAAUAAGCAAAAAAAGCUAACGGAAUUUUGCAAAGGAGGCGCGCGUUAAAAUAGUUGUUUACGCUAUUUCUUUGAAAAGUUUGAAGAAAAACUCCUUUGAAAGUGAAAAUAUAGUUGGCAACGCGAGUGUAAAUAAAUAUUUGAAAGUGCGCACGAGUGUGUUUGUGAGUUUGUGUUGCCUAGAAAAAGUGCAACCAACUCCUGUCAAAGGAGCUUUGCACAAGAAGCGCAACGUGCAAAAGCAAACAGCGAUAGAAAGUUAAAUGUUUUGAAAUUUGAAUUCGAACGACUCAAGGAUACGCGGUCAGCGCCACAGGACUAGCGCAGGCAGGUGGAUAAGCCAACGCUGCUCCACUUUUUGCUGUCAGCUUGCCGGUGAGGGAAUUGGCAGUAAACAGCCAUACCAAGAAACACAAGAAAUUCAGAGACAGCUUAAUAAACGAUAAAACAAUUACAGAAAAAAAAUCACAUUAAUAAAUAAACGAAACUGAGUAAAACGUGACAACCAUGCAAACAGCUCAAUAAAAAAUACACCCAACAAUAAAAACAAGAGACAAAUACAAAUUCAAUUUGCAAUUCAUUAGAAAUUCGCAAGAAACAUAAAAUUAUUACACCAAAAAACAACGAAUGAAUGCCAAGUGACUUCGAACAACUUACGAACAAUGAGGCAUAUCUAAUAAAUAAUCGCCACGAAUAGCCAAAAAUAUUUGAGUUUUAAGAAAAAAUUACCUCAAACAACAUUAAACACACCUUCCCUUCAACAUCGCUUCAAGACGGUCGGUCAUGCAUGAUUUAUGUAUUACCAUUGUGGAGGAGAAUACGAAAAGAGUUUGUAGAAAUUUCGCUUUGACGCAUACGCGUCGGCGCACCAUCACCAUUGAAGAGGAGCCGCCAGCCAACAACCGUCAACAACAGAAGCCACCAAAGUGCUUACCACCACCAAUCACACGUGUGAGUCCGCACACCACAAGGACGACGACCACCACCACAACAACAAGAGGUGUGCCAGCCACUACCACCACCACCAACACCCGCAUCACACGCGAAUAUUUGCUACCUAGUAGCUCUUCGGCUGCAGAUAGCACAACUUCAUUGACGGUAGCAGUGCCCGCCAAAUCCAACAUCAAAGUGUGGGCCGAGGAGGAUAAAGACGAAAAUUUGUGUUUGCACAUCAAAACGCAACGUGGCGAUAGGCGUGAUCUGCCAGCGCAACGCAGCAUUUGAUACACGGAUUGUGAGAAACCCAAGAAGGCGGGGCAGGCGAAGAAGGGCUACAAGUUGGUGAUCGAUUUGGAUUGAAGCGAGCAGAAUUGGAGGAGACAAAACUUAGCAAUCAGCUUAAUUUAGAUCAUUUGCGAAUCAGCAGCAGCUA